AUGAGUGAAAAGAAUGAAAAAAUAGUUAAAGAUGAAUAUAGUGGAUCAUUAUGGCAAUAUCUAGAGAAAAAUCAAGUGUCAAUAUCUGGAUCUUUAUUAGUUUUAGGUUAUAUUUUACAUUCCUCAAUACCAUCAUUAACACCAUAUACAAGUAAAUUCAUUCAAUUACAAUAUAAAAUAGGAGAAGACGAAAAUGGCAACAAUCUAUAUGAUAUUGGAAUUGAUGAUUGUUACAUCGUUUUCUUAUGGGUCAUAUUAUUAACAUUUUUGAGAUCUUUCUUAAUGAAUUAUUUUUGGGGUCCUUUUGCUUCAUAUUUUUAUAAUAUGAAAUCCAAUCAAGUAACUAGAUUUGCUGAACAAAGUUGGUCUUGUUAUUUUGCAGCAUUUUCUUUUGCUUUUUCUUGGUACAUUUAUUGCCAUUCUCCUUAUUAUAAUAAUUUAAAUAAUCUUUUCAUUGAUUGGCCUCAUGAUGAAUUAUUACCAAGAUACAAGAUUUAUUAUUUAUUACAAAUAGGUUUUUGGUUCCAACAAAUAUUCGUAUUGAAUGUUGAAAAGAAAAGAAAAGAUUAUAUUCAAAUGUUCUGUCAUCAUAUUGUAACUUGUUUAUUGUUAAUUGGAUCAUAUUACUAUUAUUAUAUUAGAAUAGGUAAUUUGAUCUUAAUUUUAAUGGAUCCUGUUGAUAUUUUCCUCUCGGGAGCUAAAUUAUUGAAAUAUUGUGGUUAUACAAGAUUAUGUGAUAUUAUGUUCAUUCUUUUCUUAUUUUCAUGGAUUAUCUUAAGACAUAUUUGUUAUAAUUAUAUAUUUUAUCAUGCAUGGUCAAAUGCUCAAAAUUUAAUGAGUGAUUCUGUAAGAUGUGAUAUGGGAGUAGAUUUAAAACGUUGUUGGUCACCAAAAAUUUUAGAUGGAUUCUAUUGUUUACUUGGUGGUUUACAAAUAAUUACCUUAAUUUGGUUAUAUUUCAUAUUUAAAGUUGCUUAUAAAGUUAUAACUGGUGCUAGUGCUGAUGAUGUAAGAUCUGAUUCAGAAGACGAUGAUGAAGUAGAAGAUGAAAUUGAUGACGAAAAUGAAAAAGAUGAUGUUGAAGAUGAAGUUGAAGUUGAAGAAGUGAAAAAUUAA